AUUCACAUUUCAAUAAUGAAACUCAUCUUAUUAUCUGUACUAACUAUUUUGUUACUGUUCAAUGUAACUGAAUCCAAAUCUAGUCAACAGGAACUAAUUAUUGAAAGUGUCAAAUUAUGGAAUUCAAUUAAAGAACUUUGGAAGAGAUUUGAACAUAAGUGUCAAGAUAAAAUUCGAAAAUAUCUUGAGGAAGAUGAUUUAGGGGAAAAAAUAGCCGCUGUUUUACAAAUUUAUGUCAAACGUUUAAACAGGCGUUUAGAUAUGCGUUUAUCAAUAGACAGACAAGAAUAAACAUUUAUCAUAGCUAAAAAUAUCUCAAUAUUCAAUGAAGAAGAAGAACACCAUUGUAAUGAAUUUUAAUUCAAUAAAGUAGCUG